GGCGGCGUAGGUCCGUCCCCGGCAGAGCGCCGCGGGAGCUCGGGGCGUCUGCAGCGGGCGUACAGCGGCCGGGGCUCGGCGGGGAGCGCUGAUUUACGGGCUCCCGACGACUGCCGGGCACUGGGAGGCAGAGGGAGCUGUGCCGAGCUCCGGUCUGUUACGGAGGGAAACCAACCCGAGAGUCGGCUCUGAAUUGUCGCCGCUCGAGGCUGGGGCGGCCGCGCUCCGUCCUCGGCUCCCGUGGAAGCGGCGCUCAGGUAGUUUAACGGUGUCCGCACGAAGGUAGCGCCCAUCGUCCACCAGCCAUGAGGCUUCCUCUGCUGUGUGCCUCUGUGAUGCUAAUGAGUCUGUCCCAGUGCCGAGCUGUCAGCUUUCCUGAAGAUGAGGACCCUAUUAACAUUGUUGACUACCACUAUUCAAGGCAAUAUCCAGUAUUUAGAGGACGCCCUUCAGGCAAUGAAUCUCAGCACAGACUGGACUUCCAACUGAUGCUGAAAAUUCGAGACACACUUUAUAUCGCUGGCAGGGAUCAAGUUUACACUGUAAACUUAAAUGAAGUUCCAAAAUCGGAAGUUACUCCAAGCAGGAAAUUAACAUGGAGGUCAAGGCAGCAGGACAGAGAGAACUGUGCUAUGAAAGGAAAGCAUAAAGAUGAAUGCCAUAACUUCAUUAAAGUCUUUGUUCCAAGAAAUGAUGAGAUGGUGUUUGUCUGUGGAACAAAUGCAUUCAAUCCUAUGUGCAGAUACUAUCGGCUGAGUACGUUAGAAUAUGAUGGGGAGGAAAUUAGUGGUUUGGCAAGAUGCCCAUUUGAUGCCAGACAAACCAAUGUCGCCCUCUUUGCUGAUGGAAAAUUGUAUUCAGCAACAGUAGCAGAUUUCCUGGCAAGUGAUGCUGUUAUUUAUCGCAGCAUGGGAGAUGGAUCUGCCUUAAGAACAAUAAAGUAUGAUUCCAAAUGGAUAAAAGAGCCACACUUUCUCCAUGCCAUAGAAUAUGGGAACUACGUGUAUUUCUUCUUUCGAGAAAUUGCUGUAGAGCACAAUAAUUUAGGCAAGGCCGUGUAUUCCCGUGUGGCACGCAUAUGCAAAAAUGACAUGGGGGGUUCCCAGAGAGUCCUGGAAAAACAUUGGACAUCCUUUCUGAAAGCUCGGCUCAACUGCUCUGUUCCUGGGGAUUCGUUCUUCUACUUUGAUGUUCUUCAGUCUAUCACAGACAUAAUAGAAAUCAAUGGAAUCCCCACGGUUGUCGGUGUAUUCACUACACAACUUAACAGCAUCCCUGGUUCAGCAGUGUGUGCUUUCAGCAUGGAUGACAUUGAGAAGGUCUUCAAAGGGAGAUUUAAAGAACAAAAAACUCCUGACUCUGUUUGGACAGCUGUACCUGAAGACAAGGUACCAAAGCCAAGACCUGGCUGCUGUGCAAAACAUGGCCUAGCAGAGGCUUACAAAACCUCCAUUGAUUUCCCAGACGAAACAUUGUCCUUCAUCAAAUCUCAUCCUUUGAUGGAUUCAGCUGUUCCCUCAAUCAUUGAGGAGCCUUGGUUUACCAAAACACGUGUCAGAUACAGGCUGACAGCAAUUGCUGUAGACCACGCUGCUGGACCACACCAGAACUACACAGUCAUAUUUGUUGGCUCCGAAGCAGGAGUAGUACUUAAAAUCUUGGCAAAGACCAGACCUUUCUCUUUGAAUGACAGCGUAUUACUGGAAGAGAUAGAAGCAUAUAAUCAUGCAAAGUGUAAUGCUGAGAGCGAGGAAGACAGAAGAGUCAUUUCCCUUCAGCUGGAUAGAGACCACCAUGCUCUGUUUGUGGCAUUCUCCAGCUGUGUCAUUAGAAUUCCUCUGAGCCGGUGUGAGCGUCACGGGUCAUGUAAAAAGGCAUGUAUUGCUUCUCGGGAUCCAUACUGUGGCUGGUUAGACCAUGAGACGUGUGGGAGAGUGACACCGGGCAUGCCGUUCUCUUUGUUUGUUUCAUACAACCACAGCACUGGAGGAUAUGUACAGGAUGUAGAAUAUGGCAACACAGCGCAGCUUGGGGACUGCCAUGAAAUUUUGCCUACUACAGCUACACCAGAUUACAAAAUAUUUGGCGACCCAACAUCUGACAUGAAGUUCUCCUCAGCUUCCAUUACCACAAUGGCAAGUAUCCCAGUUAUAUCACCUAGAGUGAUUGGUUCCUGGAAACCUAAAGUGACUGGCUCUCGGAAAUUUGUAGUUCAAGAUGACCCAAACACUUCUGAUUAUUCUGAUCCAUUAUCAGGUGUCCCAAAGGGUGUAAGGUGGGAAGUGCAAUCGGGAGAGUCCAACCAAAUGGUACACAUGAAUGUCCUAAUCACUUGUGUCUUUGCUGCUUUUGUCCUGGGAGCCUUUAUUGCGGGAGUGGCCGUAUACUGUUAUCGGGAUGUGUUUGUACGGAAAUCCAGAAAAAUACACAAAGAUGCAGAAUCUGCUCAGUCCUGUACUGACUCCAGUGGGAGCUUUGCUAAACUGAACGGGCUUUUUGAUAGUCCCGUCAAGGAAUAUCAACAAAACAUUGAUUCGCCCAAACUCUACACCAACCUGUUGACUAGCAGAAAGGAAUUGCCACCCAAUGGUGAUAUGAAGUCCGUGAUGAUGGACCACAGGGGCCAGCCUCCAGAAUUAGCUGCACUUCCUACUCCUGAAUCUACACCCGUUCUUCAACAAAAGACUCUGCAAGCCAUGAAAAGUCAGUCGGACAAAGCACAUAGUAACCUCAAUGCUUCACGGAAGGAAACCCCGCUAAAAAGCCCUCAGUUUUUUCCUUCCAGUCCUCCACCUCACUCUCCUCUGAGUCAUGGACAUAUACCUAGUGCUAUCGUUCUUCCCAAUGCUACUCAUGAUUAUAAUACAUCGUUCUCAAAUUCUAAUGCGCACAAGGCAGACAAAAAGAUGCAGCAUAUUGAUCAUCCACUUACAAAACCAUCCAGCAAAAGAGACCACAGGCGGUCUGUUGAUUCCAGGAACACCCUGAAUGAUUUUCUGAAACACUUAAACGAAACUACAAGUAAUCCCAAAGCAAUUAUGGGAGAUAUUCAAGUGGCCCACCAGACUUUAAUGCUGGAUCCAAUGGGAAAUAUGUCUGAGAUCCCGCCUAAAGUUCCCAACAGGGAGGCAUCUUUGUACUCUCCACCAUCGACUCUUCCGAGAAAUAGCCCCACAAAACGGGUGGACGUUCCCACCACACCUGCAGUACCAAUGACCUCUUUGGAAAGGCAGAGAGGUUAUCACAAAAAUUCUUCACAGAGGCAUUCAAUAUCUGCCCUUCCUAAAAACUUAAAUUCACCAAAUGGUGUUUUGUUAUCCAGACAGCCCAGUAUUAACCGGGGGGGUUAUGUGACUCCCACAGCAGGCACAAAGAUGGACUACAUGCAAGGAACACCUGUCAGCGUUCACCUCCAGCCUUCCUUGUCCAGGCAAAGCAGUUACACAAGCAACGGCACUCUUCCACGUACAGGAAUAAAGAGGACACCCUCCUUAAAACCUGAUGUGCCACCAAAACCCUCAUUCGUUCCUCAAACAACAUCAGUCAGACCACUGAACAAAUACAGUUACUAGGACGUGUCUGUCCUAAAAAUGAGCGUGGCAUUGACCUGUACAGGUUGUGAGAAGAUGUUGUGGCAGACGCAUAAGACAGAGACUUGCUUGUAAUUAAAGAGAACAAAGUGGCCAAAGAAACUGUCUUUACUUCAGCAACAUCCGUGUCUUGCCACAGGUAGCUAUAGCAAGACUUUGUGUACUUGCUAAGAGCAAAUGAAAAAAAAAAAAACAAAACAAAACAAAGGAAAGUGCUGGUCAUUACAUUUCUUUUGUUUGGAGCUAAGGAGACAUGUAGCACAAUGGGGUGGGGGCUACUUUACUGUUCUGAAAAGCUAAAAAAACAAACAAACGUUCUUGGGAAAAGAAAUCUGUAAGCAAAUACUUGAAAAAUGGGUUCCAUUUUAGACUGCCAUUAAGCGUGGUCCUUCCCAUUAAAUGUGAACAUUUUAAUAUGUAUGCAUUCACCUUGCCUCUUGCACAAAUGUCAGAAAAUGGUAAUGUCUCAAUGAAUAUCUGGGUUAAUAAUCAAUUUGCUGGAAUUCAGUCUCUGGCCCAACUGUAGCAUUUAUUUUUAUUUCUUUUUUCUCCUUGUGUGUGGCAUUUUGUUUGUGCCACAGAUAAAGCUGUGCGUGUGUGUGGAUGUAUGUGUGUACUGUACACACUAGGAUGUACUUAGAUUCCCAUUGCAUCUUUUAUGCUAUGGAAUUGUUUACAUUGAGCAUGACUGAACAAACAGAUGACUCUGCCUUCUGCAGCCCACUGGGUUCAGUUUGGCGACAGCUAAGGAAGAACUGCGCGUUGCUGCCAGCCUUCUGAAUGACAGCCUUGAUGAACUAGUCACCCAGCGAAAGAGUGCGGAUAUCUUUUAUUUGUCAUAACUCUGUUAUGCUGCUAUUGAUUCAGAGCUGUGCAUUUCAAAUCGAGUCGUUCGGGCUGGAAUGGGGGAGUUCUGCUGUGCUUCCACAGUGCCUCCAUCCAAUACCUGGCCACUGUGAACCUGAGCCCCUGUACUUCUCUUUGAGGGCAGCUAAUAACAAUUCAUUUGGCAAAGGCCUGCGUAACUGGAGAAGGUUACACUUUUGUUGCAUUUAGAGAUGCCCUGUAGUCUGAUAGACUCUUGUCAGUUAAAAAAAAAAAAAGAGAGAGAGAAAGAAAGAAACAUUAAUUGGCCUGGCAGAAGCAGUCUGUGAAAAAUCAACAGUAGUGCAAUCAAUUUGUUUUUGUUGUGUAAUGUAAGGUUUGUUUUUUCUUUCCAAAGUCAUGCAGGUAAUGACAAUAUUCUGUAAAUAUUAUGUGUGAGUUUACCUGAAUCUGUGCAUUUUGUGCCUUAUUCAUGCAAAUGAUAAAAGUACUAAAAAAAAAAAAAAAUCUGUCAAGUGUUCUCACUAUAGCACAUAUCUCCUGAGUGCCAGUUGUAAAACCUCUCAACAGCACCCCCCCCCAAAAAAAAAA